GUAGGCACUGUACUGAGUUCACAGCUUCAGCAUGGUUUCUCUCAGUCUCUCCUCACACCAACUGUCUUCAAAUCAGCGUUUCAUUCCCAUCUCCAUCUUCAAUUCCCACCUUAGGUUCAGGUACUUUUGCUCCGACCCCCAAGAACAACCCCAAAACGCAAGACCCAGAUCAAGAAACGCAAGCAAAACCGCCAAAACCAUCGCCAAUCUCAUCAAUUCCAAACCUUUUUCAAAUGGGUUGCUCUCUUCUCUCCUAAGCACUAUCUCCAAAACCACUGUUCUCCGAACACUUCGUCUCAUCAAAGACCCUUCCAAGGCCCUUCGCUUCUUCAAAUGGACCCAGCAAAAGGGUUUCUCCCACACCCCCGAAUCCUACUUCAUCAUGCUAGAAAUCCUUGGUCGCGAGAGGAACCUCAAUGUGGCCAGAAACUUCCUCUUUUCCAUUGAGAAACACUCCAAGGGAACGGUCAAGCUCGAGGACAGGUUCUUCAAUAGCCUCAUUCGGAGUUAUGCUGAAGCCGGCCUCUUCAAAGAGUCCAUGAAGCUUUUUCAGACCAUGAAAUCCAUUGCCGUGUCCCCCUCUGUGGUUACCUUCAACAGUCUGUUGUCAAUUUUGCUUAAAAGGGGUCGCACCAAUAUGGCCAAGGAGGUGUAUGAUGAAAUGCUUGGCACGUAUGGUGUUUCUCCGGACACUUGUACUUACAAUGUUUUGAUCAGAGGGUUUUGCAAGAACUCCAUGGUUGAUGAAGGGUUUCGUUUUUUUAGAGAGAUGGAGAGUUUUAAUUGCGAUGCGGAUGUUGUUACGUAUAACACACUUGUUGAUGGUUUGUGUAGAGCGGGGAAGGUUAGAAUUGCUCGGAAUUUGGUGAAUGGUAUGGGCAAGAAAUGUGAGGGUUUGAAUCCUAAUGUUGUUACUUAUACGACUUUGAUUCGUGGGUAUUGUAUGAAGCAGGAAGUUGAGGAGGCAUUGGUUGUUCUUGAAGAGAUGACUAGCCGGGGCCUUAAGCCGAACAUGAUUACCUAUAAUACUUUGGUAAAAGGGCUUUGUGAGGCACACAAGUUGGACAAGAUGAAAGAUGUUUUGGAACGAAUGAAAAGCGAUGGAGGGUUCAGCCCAGAUACGUUUACUUUUAAUACCAUUAUUCAUUUGCAUUGUUGUGCAGGAAACCUGGAUGAAGCAUUGAAGGUGUUUGAAAGCAUGAAAAAAUUUCGGAUCCCUGCGGAUUCAGCCUCGUACAGCACUCUGAUACGGAGUUUGUGUCAGAAAGGGGACUAUGAUAUGGCAGAGCAGCUGUUUGAUGAGUUAUUUGAAAAGGAAAUCUUGUUAAGCAAAUUUGGCUCUAAGCCGCUUGCAGCCUCUUAUAAUCCUAUAUUUGAGUCUUUGUGUGAACAUGGGAAGACUAAGAAGGCUGAGAGGGUGAUUAGACAGCUAAUGAAAAGGGGUACACAAGAUCCCCAAUCAUACACGACAGUGAUUAUGGGGCAUUGUAAAGAAGGUGCAUACGAAAGUGGAUAUGAGCUUUUGAUGUGGAUGCUAAGAAGAGACUUUCUUCCAGAUAUUGAGAUAUAUGAUUAUUUGAUUGAUGGUUUUCUUCAGAAGGAUAAGCCUCUGCUUGCAAAGGAGACACUAGAGAAAAUGCUCAAGAGCUCCUAUCAACCUAAAACAUCUACCUGGCAUUCUGUUCUGGCAAAACUUUUGGAAAAGGGUUGUGCUCAUGAGUCUUCCUGUGUUAUUGUUAUGAUGCUGGAGAAAAACGUUAGACAGAAUAUAAACCUAUCAACUGAGAGUUUACAGCUACUUUUUGGACGUGGACAACAUGAAAGAGCAUUUGAGAUUAUUAAUUUGCUUUAUAAGAAUGGGUACUAUGUUAAAAUAGAAGAAGUGGCUCAAUUUCUCCUUAAAAGAGGAAAGCUGUCAGAAGCAUGCAAAUUGUUGCUUUUUAGUUUGGAAAAUCACCAGAAUGUUGAUAUUGAUUUGUGUAAUGCAACUAUUUUGAAUCUUUGUAAAAUUAACAAGGUUUCAGAAGCAUUUAGUUUAUGCCAUGAAUUAGUGGAGAACGGUUUACAUCAGAAAUUGACAUGUCUAGAUGAUCUGAUAGCUGCUUUAGAGGAAGGGGGAAAAAGAGAGGAAGCUGCAUUUAUAUCAAAGAGAUUGCCAAGACUGGAUAACUUGAAUGGAUCUAUGCCGAAUCAUAGCACUAAGAAGUUCAGGCCUAUUAAAGCAUUAGGAAGCUAGAAUGUCAUGAAAAGAGGUAAGGGACCCAUCAACUGCUGCAAUCAGGAUCUGAGUCAAUGUAGAUCGGGGAAGCUCUUGUUCAGAAUUAGACGAGCUCUAUGUCUAAAUGGUGACUUAACUGGGAUUAUUCUUUAAAUCUUCUGUUUCCUAGACUAUCAUCAAAGGCUAAUUAAAUAUUAAAUAUUAGUAAAUGGUGACUCAAUUUGGAACAAUUCCUAAAACAUUUAUGUAUCUUUUAGUGAUUGAAUACAUGCAUGUUUUUUUAACCAGUGCUAUGAAAGAAUUAGAGAGAUUCCAUGGUAAUCCAUCACAAUUACUUUCACCUCACUAGAUUGAACUAAAGGUCCCAUUCUCCUUGACAAGUAAGGCAAAGACAUGGCUCCAAUCACAUCCCAAAAAAA